AUGUGGACGUUCGUACGCAGCGUUGACGCGUCCAUCUAUCUAGCGCCUGCCGACAUCGUGCAUCCCUUCAUCUCAAAGAGGCUUUUGGGCGAAGGCGAGGACGUGGGUGAAGAUGCUCAGCUACGUGCUGAAGCUGUCGACGGAAGUUCCAAGGAACAUUGA